UGCAUAUUGGUUGGUAGACACACCAAACUGAUUGUACAGAUAGAAGUUGCGGUGAGAGAUACUAGGCCUAUGCAUCAGCUCUUUUACAUGUUAUCAACAUCUUUGGGUAGGCUAUGAUAGGGUUAUUACGCAUUAGCAAUACUAUUCGAAACGCCUCGGAAAAACCACUGUCGGCAUUUAUAGCGAAUAGUUUAGCGGUCUCAUGCUUCGGAAUGCAUCUACAAAGGAGAGUGAGCUCCACCGGUAACAUCGUAUAACAGCUCCCACUGGCCACAGACCUCAAUUAAACGUCUAUUCCACUUUGGUUCAACGAGCAAACAACUUUGAUUCAACCGGUGUGUGCCCAGCGGGCUUUUUCUUGACAGAAGAAAAUAGGGAAAACAUUACAUCUUCUCUUAAAUAUUACCUGAACACGACCAACUAACUUUAAUGAAGCUUCUGGACAUUACUGCACCAGAAAAACCCAGCCUGUGGAUAUUCGGAUAUGGCUCACUAGUCUGGAAACCAGACUUCAAAUACAAGAGAAACUAUGUCGGCUAUAUCAAAGGAUAUAGUAGACGCUUCUGGCAUGGGGACAAUUUUCAUCGAGGAGACAAAGACUUGCCAGGUAGAGUGGUGACUUUAGUGGAAGAUCAUGAUGCUUGCACCUGGGGGGUAGCCUACGAGGUCAGCGACUCCCAAAUGGAGGAGUCUCUACAGUAUCUGAAUGUGAGAGAGGCUGUGCUGGGGGGCUACGUCACCAAGAUGGUGGAGUUCACUCCCAGAGAGAAGUGCCAAGGGUCUCUGCUUGCCCUGGUCUACAUCGCCACCUCUGACAACCCUAUAUACCUUGGGCCUGCCACUCCCACAGAGAUAGCUGCUCAGAUUGCCAUCUGCAGAGGCAACACGGGCCACAACAUAGAGUACCUCCUUCGCCUGGCUGAGUUCAUGAGGCUGUACUGUCCUGAGGUAGAGGAUGACCAUCUCUUCUCCAUAGAGGCAGCCGCCCUGGCUCUGCUCAUCUGAACUACCAGGGUCAGGGAUACUCACAUCAGACCAACGAUACGACCACUCAAUGCUACGACACGCCCAACCCUACUUGUUAAUAUCAUCAAUGUGAAGACAAUGACAAUAUGAAGAGAGUGCGAGUCACUACACCUCAUAAAAAGGGUCAACAUGUCAUGAUCACUGUUUUUGUUGUCCAUUGUCUGUGAACGCUCAUGACAUUGAAAUGUUUUAAGCUAAAUGGGCAAUGCGAUUACAAGUAAGGUGCUGUAUGUUUCUCUACAAGGUGUGUAAAGGGAAAUCUGAAAUUUGUAUAUUUUCUGCAAUCUUGUGCAAAAAUGGUGACAGAAUUCACCUUAACCUUUACCAGUAACUUGGUUAAUAAGGACUAUGUUUGUACACAAAUCUGCUUUUUAGUAUAGCCAUGAACAGAAUUUAUUGUAUACUUUGAUUACAUAUCAAAGAAUAACUUAAUCAUACAGUAGUCUCCUAUGGUCUUUUACUAUGAAGGCUGAUUGAAGAAUCUACUCAUAUAAAACAGAACAUUUUACCUUUACAUCAGUGGCGUACCACAGUUUCACCUUAACCAUUACACCACGCAGUCUGAGAUUAUUAAAGCUAUAUAACAACAUCCUACCUUUUCCCAGCAACAAGAGAUAUGUCUUAUGUAGAGAAAUUGGGAACCUAUCUAAAUGAAGAAAGCUAGUGAUUUUAACAAC